GUCGUGGGUGAACGUGGGGUGGUGGUGGUAGGAGGUUGGUUUUGAUCUUUAAUUUUGCAUAUUUUUUGCUCUUUUAUUUUAAAAUGCAAGAGGAUGCACAGGGGAAGAAAUUGAAACAAUUUGUUGGCUUUUGUUUACCUGGUGUGUGUAAGAAGCCACCUCGCUCCCUCUCUGCUCACCAUCCCUGACCUUUCUUUCUUUUUACUCCUUAAAAAAAUUAAUUUCCCCCUCUGUGCAAUGGAGCGUGGGGGGUGGAGGGGGAAGGGUUUGAGAAUCCACCCAAGCCCGGCCCCUAUUCCCCAGAACACCAAUAAUAACCCCCUUUAAAACAUUUACCUUCCUCCCCUGCUCCUCCUCCUCCCCUAGUCCCACCGCCCCAACUCAUAACUCUGUUGAGUCCAGAAUCUCAGAAUCAGGCGUUGGCUUUGCCGGGUGCUUCACAUCAAUGGAUGAGUUCCACCCGUUCAUCGAGGCGCUGCUGCCUCACGUCCGAGCCUUCUCCUACACCUGGUUCAACCUACAGGCGCGGAAGCGCAAGUACUUCAAGAAGCACGAGAAGCGGAUGUCAAAGGACGAGGAGCGCGCGGUGAAGGACGAGCUGCUCGGCGAGAAGCCUGAGAUCAAGCAGAAGUGGGCAUCCCGGCUGCUGGCCAAGCUGCGCAAAGACAUCCGGCCCGAGUUCCGAGAGGACUUUGUGCUGACCAUCACCGGCAAGAAGCCCCCCUGCUGCGUGCUCUCCAACCCCGACCAGAAGGGCAAGAUCCGGCGGAUUGACUGCCUGCGCCAGGCUGACAAGGUGUGGCGGCUGGACCUGGUCAUGGUGAUUUUGUUUAAGGGGAUCCCCUUGGAAAGUACUGAUGGGGAGCGGCUCUACAAGUCGCCCCAGUGCUCGAACCCCGGCCUGUGCGUCCAGCCACAUCACAUUGGAGUCACAAUUAAAGAACUGGACCUUUAUCUGGCUUACUUUGUCCACACUCCGGAAUCCGGACAAUCAGAUAGUUCAAACCAGCAAGGAGAUGCGGACAUCAAACCACUGCCCAACGGGCACUUAAGUUUCCAGGACUGCUUUGUGACUUCCGGGGUCUGGAAUGUGACAGAGCUGGUGAGAGUGUCACAGACUCCUGUUGCAACCGCAUCAGGGCCCAACUUCUCACUGGCAGACCUGGAGAGCCCCAGUUACUACAACAUAAACCAAGUGACCCUGGGACGGCGGUCCAUCACCUCCCCUCCUUCCACCAGCACCACCAAACGCCCCAAGUCCAUCGAUGACAGCGAGAUGGAGAGUCCGGUUGAUGAUGUGUUCUAUCCUGGGACAGGGCGCUCCCCAGCAGCUGGCAGCAGCCAGUCUAGUGGAUGGCCCAAUGACGUGGAUGCAGGCCCUGCUUCUCUAAAGAAGUCAGGAAAGCUGGACUUCUGCAGCGCCCUCUCCUCUCAGGGCAGUUCCCCACGCAUGGCUUUCACCCACCACCCGCUGCCUGUGCUUGCUGGAGUCAGACCAGGGAGCCCCCGGGCCACAGCAUCAGCCCUGCACUUCCCCUCCACGUCCAUCAUCCAGCAGUCGAGCCCGUAUUUUACACACCCAACCAUCCGCUACCACCACCACCAUGGGCAGGACUCGCUGAAGGAGUUUGUGCAGUUUGUGUGCUCUGACGGCUCGGGUCAGGCCACUGGACAGCCCAACGGUAGCGGCCAGGGCAAAGUCCCGGGGUCAUUUUUGCUACCGCCGCCGCCUCCAGUGGCCAGACCUGUGCCCCUUCCUAUGCCUGAUUCCAAAACCACCAGCACGGCCCCAGACGGCGCCGCCUUGACUCCUCCAUCACCUUCAUUCGCAACGACAGGCGCCUCCUCUGCCAACCGGUUUGUCAGCAUCGGACCCCGGGACGGCAACUUUCUGAACAUCCCACAGCAGUCUCAGUCCUGGUUCCUCUGAUUAAGAUCAACAAAGAAACAACAAAAAUUUUUAAAAAGAGGUUCCUCAAAAGGGGGGAGAAGAGAUUUUGAGACAUGGAAAUAUCCCCCAGCCCAGCCCCACCGAAAAGCAAAAUUUAGACGUCGUCAGCCACUCAGCCCUUCCCUCCUCCAGCCCUGGUAGCCCUGCGGUCCAAAGCAGCCCAGUCCUGGGAGCCCUCGGAAGGGGUCUCAGCCGAGUUGUACACCAGCAGCCAAGCAGAAAGAAGCAUGCUAAGCGGACUCUGCUAAGCAGAGGACAAACAGAAAGAAAAGAUGCAACCAGCCCGGCCUUUCCGGGAAGGAGCAGCCAGCUCGCUGGUCUGCCACCCCUGCGGUUCCUGGGGACCCCCACCCUCCGCUGGACCUAAGCUUCCCUCGGAGCCCAGAGGAACAGCUCUUAAGGAUGAUGGAAGUAGACAUUCGAGCUCACCUCCGGACUUCGCCCCCCCCCUCCUCUCCUUCUCGCCCUUCCAGGGAGCCUCUGCUCAGGCUUCUGUCCCCUGCUGCUCUGGACUAGGAUGGCCCCGGGGUGGGCAGGGGAUGUUCCUUGGAGGUAGCUAAGCUAAAUUCAGCGUUGAGUCCAGAAUGGAGGGUGUUCUGCCACCUCCCCCACCCCGAACCGAACCGCAGGGCAGUUCUCGGGCCGGACCCCCUCUGUACAGCACACAGGAAAAAGUCAGAAUGCUCUGGACUGGACGCUUAGCCCGGCACAGGCACCCUCUUCCAUCCCCGCAGGCCGCGAGGGCUGCCCUCUGCCACGCCCCUAGUGAAGGGAGUCGGCCCCAGGUCGCCCCGCACCCCAGCCCUGCAUGCAGGUGCCCUCGCUCCGCCCCUCUGCCCUGCCCCUGCCCUUGCCGCACACAGCCCUCCAGGGGCCGGCUGAGAGUGGAGCAGAAAGGGCCCCCGGAGCCGAGCGAGGAGGACAAGGCUGCCUCCACCUGCACUAGGUAGGCGUCCUGCUCUCGAGACUCUCAGUUCCUGUGGAGGGUGGGGGGUGUCAUCCUUUUAAAAGAGUGUUCUGGAGCUUUCUGGUCCCCUUCCCUUCCCGCCACAUCCCGUGGCCACUUCUCCCUAGAUUUUAGCUGUAAUGUCUUUCCUCUUUAUUUAGGGGUGGGGCAGUCAUUGUUUGGGUCUUUCGCUGUUGCAGUUGGGAACUCCUCUGAGCAACUUGGGAACAAUUUCAUAACACACCACAGGAAGCAGCUCUCCUCCCAGCCCCCUCCUCCUGCAAGGGAUGGUGGAGGCUUGUCCAGAGGGUCUUGAGAAGCCCCCUGGGAGGGGAGGGGAACGCGAGCACGCCAGCCCCCCUCCAAGGUGACUGGACCCCUCUGGCUUGUCUUUCUGUGCCUUAGUCCUCCUUCCCUGCAUCUCCCCUCCCAGGCCCAUUCUCAAGGCCUUGCGCCUCUCCGGUAUGAAAACACAAAGCACAGGUCAGGACCCUCCGAAAGUUGGUCCAACAUUGCACCACGUGGGGGUGGGUUGUGGGCUUUAUUUAUUGAGAAUCUAGUUGGUGAGGCUGCGGCCCUGAGCGGGCGAAUGGCCGCGUGCAGGGAGCUCGGGAUUGAGAGGCAGCUGUCCGGGCGGGCGCGCUGCGUGGAAGUUGAGUGAAGCCCUCCCCUGUGGCGUCCAGGGCCCGGGGUGGAGAACCCGCGAGGGGCCUCCCUGUGCGAGGGGAGGGAGCCCCAGGAUGGGGGGCCGGGCGGGCCGGGCGUGACGCGCGGUCAAAGUGCAAUGAUUUUUCAGUUCGGUUGGCGAAACAGGGUCAGAGCUAAGAGCUAGCGAAAGAGGGUCCCUGCCCGGCCGCGUGCGCCUCUUCGGUUGGUCGAAGACAGUCGGGCUGCGGGCGGGUACUGUGGGUUUGCGGGGGCACACGCCCCGGGCGAGGUCAGAAGCUGCAGGCCAGCUGGGCCGGGGGCCCAAGGUGCCCGGCGAGGUACCCCCGGGAGGACCGGGGUGGGGUGGGAGUAGCGCUCCUUUCCCAAGUGGUGUUGUGAGGGGCAGGCGAGGGACGAUGAGGGCAACAGAUGUGGGGACGUGUUAGGAGAGGAAACAACCCACAAAAAAAAAAGGAAAGAAAUAGGGGAAAUUAACCUUUUUUUUCAUUGAACCAAGUGCAAUGCAUCAGAGAGUUUUCCUAUCUUUGUAUGUUAAGAGAUUAAGAAAAAAAUUCUAUUUUUGUUGUAAUGUCCUCGUGGCUCUGGGGACGCUAAAAGAACUGGGCCUGCCCUGCCCUUAGCGGGGAUGAAAGCUGAGUGUUUUCUUUCUUUCUUUCUUUCUUUCUUUCUUUUUCUUUUCCUUUUUUUGAUAGUUCUCUGGGUUUUUUGUUUGUUUGUUUGAUUGGUUGGUUUUUUGCCGUUUUCCUGCGUUGACGAGGAUAAUCUGGGGUUUUAAUUUGUUUCGUCGUUCGGUUUCGGUGGGAGGGCUGAAGAAAACGUUCACAUUUUAUAUUUUAAAAAAACACCUCGACAUUUAAAAAAAACCAACACAAGAUCAAAAGGAAAAGGACGAGAGAAAAUUAUUUUUAAGAUAAUUAAACAUAAAAAACCCUGGUGCUUAUUACAUUAUAAAGUACGUUUUUAAAAAACCCACAAACUAUUAUACAUACGUUUAUGAAUCAAUUAAAUAUUCUGCACUUGUUAGGAACACGCAUAUCCCUUCUUUGUUGAAUUUAACGGAACGGGACAGCGGCGUGCGCCCCGCGGCUGGGCUGCUCUGGCCGCGGGUCUCCCUGGGCGCCCCCUCCCCCUUUCUCGCCCCCUCCCCCUCCGGGCACUGGGGCGCGGCGGGGGUCCCCGGCCCCCUCCCCCGCAGAGGUCAAUGCCAACGAACAAACGUCCCUUUUCCCUUCCUUCCCACUCCGAGCGCCCUUCUUUGAGCCAGACGCCAACUUGACCCUCACCAGCAUUAAUCAGGAGCGCGCUCAGCAAGUUGGUAGUUUCCUCCCCAACCCCUUCCCACGUAACACCGCUCUUCCCCUCCCUCCGGGAGGUUCGAUGCUCCAGGACAGGUCCAGCCACGCUGACAGGUCGAUUUGCCCAGGCCCGCGCACGCACGCACGCACGCACACAGCCCGGCACACAUCCCCACCCUACCCCGCAACCAGCCCUGUCGACUGCCUUACACACCCGCCCCCCGCGCUGGCCGGCCGACCUAGUGCCUUGUUCUCACCCCCGUGCUGGCGGAGCGGACGCCGCGCUCUGGGUCCCAGAGGGGCCGGGUGGCUCAGACGACCCACCGUUUUCCCCACCCCGACCGUGCUGAACGGACCCCCCCACGAGAGAAAAAUAAAGGAGCAAUAAAGUUAUGAGAACUUUUGUCCCCCAAUCGAGAGCCCUAGGGGCACCCCAGCCCCACCUCUGCUCCCCCAACCCCAUCCACCCUGGGGCGCCCCCCCCCCGCAAGCCAGCCGGGGCCAGCCCCCGCUUUGGCCCCUCUUGGGAGAUCCGUGCGCCCCACCAGCACCAGCAUCGCGGACCGCAAAGGCCGCCCGUCCCGUCAAACAAGUUUCUUCUUAGGCUAAGAAACGCAGUAUAUACGAGUAUCUCUAUAUAUAGUACUAAUGGAUUUGGUGUGCUUCCCCCUUAGCGUCCCCUUCCCUCUGCUCCUCUUUCAGCCUGGUCUCCCUUCUCUGCCCUCCACCCCCCCCGUCUCUGCACUGAGAUACAUAAGAAACAAGGGUAGUUUACUGUCUGUUUUGUUUUCUGGGUUUUCAGUGUCCUAGCGGAAUGCAAGUAGGCAGCCAGCCCGUCUGUCCCCUCUCCGCCCGCCCCGCCCCACCCCCGUCACUGCGCUUCUGUUAUACCAUCUUUGCCUGACUCUCUCCGGCUUCUCCAUUGAAUGGCUAAUGUGUAUGUGAAAUAAAGAAAUAAAGAAAAACAAA